UUUAUAUAAACACAUUUCUAACCCAACUCAUGAUCAGAUAAAAGCCAACACAAGUUUGCUUUAACAUGCGCCAAAAUCUCCCACAAUCAUGAGAAGCAAAGCAACCUUCUUCUGGCUCUCUGCUUUCGCCAUCGCUCUCUUCUCAUUCCUCUAUCAUCCCACCCUGCGUUCAUCUGUCCCUACUCCCGAUAUCCAUCCUAUUGCUAUCGGCAGUCAAAUUGGAUUUGAAUUUCACGUGGAAGAGAUUCUCUCCGUUAUCACCUCUCUGAUUAUGCCAAGACACCACAAUCAUCUUCUCACAAAGCCGGUCGAGUGUGAUGGGAGUAUAUGGAAGUCAAAGGUCAUAAACGAUUAUCAAGUGGGACUCGUAUUAACAGUCGACUUGAAGGGCUGUGCGAAUUUCAGCAGUGUGCAGAGGGCAGUGGAUGCUGUUCCUGACUUUAGUCCCUCCAGGACACUCAUUAUACUGGAUUCUGGUACUUACAGGGAAAAGGUGGUGGUGAAUGCUAGCAAGACAAACAUAAUAUUGGAAGGUCAGGGUUAUCUCAACACGGCCAUUGCAUGGAACGACACAGCAAAUUCCACUGGUGGCACAAUCUACAGUUCUUCCGUGGCCGUAUACGCUCACAACUUCACAGCUUACAACAUCAGUUUUCAGAAUACAGCUCCAUCGCCAUCGCCCGGGGAUGUAGGAGGCCAGGCCGUUGCACUAAGAAUAGCAGGGGAUGAGGCUGCGUUUUUUGGGUGCGGAUUUUAUGGAGCCCAAGACACGCUUCAUGACGACGCCGGAAGACAUUAUUUUGGGGAUUGUUUCAUUGAGGGAUCCAUCGACUUCAUCUUCGGAAAUGCUAGAUCUCUUUACGAGGGAUGCACCAUUAACUCGAUAGCAAAGGACGUGUCGGCGGGCAUUAGUGGAGCCAUCACAGCUCACGGGAGGGACUCAGCGAGUGAGCAUACAGGUUUUUCGUUCGUGAAUUGCAGGAUCGGAGGGAGCGGCAGAGUGUGGCUGGGCCGGGCGUGGGGUGCGUAUGCAACCGUGGUGUUCUCAAAGACUUACAUGUCGGACAUUGUUGAUCCCGAGGGAUGGAACGACUGGAGAGACCCCUCUAGAGACGAGACGGUGUUCUUUGGGGAGUAUGAUUGCUGGGGACCUGGAGCAAACUAUACAGCGAGAGUUGAAUACGGGAAGCUGCUAAAACCAUCAGAAGCUGGCCUCUUCCUGGACAUUUCCUACAUUGAUGGCCAUGAUUGGCUUCCUGAACAUCACAGCUUUCUUGCACGAGCCAUUUUGUAG